AUGCCUCUCUAUAAAAGAACAUAUUUUCCUCCAGUGAAGCAACCCGAGGGUUUGGAUCCUGAUGAACUUGUUUUCCAAGUUCGUUUUACAAAAGAAAUAUUCAGAGACUACCAGUAUCCUUUUUGAAUUUGUUCAUAAUGCAUGAUUCUCACGAGCUUGGCUUUCUAUGAUUUUUUAUUCGGAAUUUUUCUUUAUUGAGCUCAUAUUAUUAGUUUUUUGUCAUUUUCCAGGGGAUACAUUUUAUUGUGCUCUUUGAUUUUGAUACCCAAUGAUACUGCUUACUUGAUGACGCUUUCCUAUUUAUCAAUGCGGUUUUUUAUCAAUUUGACUUCGGCUACCCUAAAAAAAUAAUUGAUUUGAGAGAGUGGGGCUAAUCUCACAGUAUUAAUUGGAGAUUAAUUUUUUCCCUAAGUAACUAUUUUUUUUCGUCAGAUAUAGCGAUAUAGAUUUUUUUUGCUGUGCUGACAUUCCAUGAAAUUUUCACUUUUCAAAGAAGAGUGUAUAAGUUUUGACAGUAAGAAUGGAAAAAUCUCACCUGAAAGAGUUGAAAUCAAACGAGAAAAAUAAUAAAAUAUGAAUAUUUCUCAUGAGAAUUUGAUGUGUACCAACUGAGAGACGAUGGAUCCUCCAAUGGCGCAGUGUACUAAAUUUACAGUAGAAAAGAUUUGGUGUAACAUGAACAGAUGAAAGAGCAGAGGAUUAGAUGGACCCUGCUUUGGAAGGUAGGGAACCAGAUGUGAAGGAUGAUUCCAUUAUAUAUAUAUAUAUAUAUAUAUAUAUAUAUAUAUAUAUAUAUAUAUAUGGAUACACGUAUAUAUAUGUGUGUAUAUAUAUGUAUAUAUAUUCUCCGGUUUUGUACUGUCUACGUUUUUGUAAACCAUUAUACUCUCUGAGAUAAGAGUUAUGACCUCCAUAUUCGAUGUUUAAUUUGUAAAAUCAUCCCCAGGGGUUCCAAGUGGAUUCUACAGAAGCUAACAUGUAAAAGAGCUCUUGUCAUUGGGAUUCACAUAAGUAAUCUAGAAGAGUUAAAGACAUCAUGGGAAGCAAACGAAAAUACAAAGCUCAGAGGGCCCACAUUAGUUAAAUGCCAACAGGAAACUUGAUUUCUCUAAUCUUUUUUUCUAGUCCUGUAACCAUGAAGACCUCUGAAGUAAGGGAACAUAUGCCAUUGUCAUAAGCCUUUUAACUGGACUAGAGCAUAAUCAAUGAGGAAAGGAUGCCCAGAGAGUGGUUGCAUAAGGAGAACAAGGCCAUAAAGAGAGGUACCCAUGGUAUUGUAAAUAAUUAAAGCAGACAUGGCACCUUCUCCUGAGUGACUUGGAGUUGAGAGAUAUGUAAGUGAGUACUGGUAAAUUUUAUUAGUUUUAUUUUGGGUUAGCAUACACUCCAAAGUUGAACAGUUAUCCAAAAGAUCCUUAAAGAAUGUAAAUAGAUAGUAAAUCUAAUUUGUUAUCCAUGCAUGCAAACGGAUUAAGUAUACUCUUUAGUGUGAAAUUUCCUUGAAUCAAGAUUAGGGAAUAUCUAAACAGGUUGAACUUCUAUCGCCAGAGGGUAUGGACUUGUAAGGCGACUGGGAAAACUAACUUGACUUAUGAAGAAGCUUUGGUAUCAGAGCAUCGUGCAAGUGAGAAGGUUCAACAAAUUCCGAAAGAAUUAGCAGCUCCCAUACUGCAAGAAGUUCAAUACAGUAAGAGAUUUGAAUUAUAUUUAUCCCUCAUUUUUCUUGUUCUUCCGUUUAUUUCAUGUAUAAGGUAUUUCGCUGCUUGGGACAUUUAAUGCAAUAUCCUGUAUUACUUUUGAUUGUGAUACGAUUGUUUGUGAAGGUUGGGGGGCACCUUCGCUUCGCUUCAUCUUUUUUUUUUUUUGGGACAGUAAAAGUGUUUAGAAAUGGCUGUUGAGUGCCACCUAGUUCUUGCCAAAAGUCUGGGUGAGGAUGUAAUCUUUUUGUGCGUUUAAGUUGGAUAGUGUUUUCUCGACAUACAGUUAACUGUAGUACAACUGUAAGUCAUUGAUGUUUAGAGAUUCGAUAUUCUUGCUGUUCAAACUUUGAUAAGAACGUUAAUAAAAACACAAUAUUGAGAUGUAGGUAUCAUUGUUCUAUUCGCAGAUGGAAAGAGCAGAGAAGAAUGUUUAUGUAUAAUAAGGUUCAAAAAAUUUCUGUCAAUCUUAUCUGUUUGACGGAUAGCUCAGAUGUCUAGUUUGCUUCUUGUUGUGAGAUAAUGUAGCUUCAAGGAUCAUUGAAUUUAUUACAGUGUUAGUCAAGUGAAGACCAAUGAAGCAUACCAUUUCCAUUUUAACUUUUCCUUGAGGUCCAAUAAAUUUUCUGUGGAAGCGAAAUUACCAUUUCAGCCUUUGACGCUUGAUAAGAAUCUCUUAAGCAUUCGUUAAUUCUUAAGCGAAGUUUUUCGCCAAGCUUGAGGCUUGGUGAAAAUUUUAAUAUAUUGGCCUGUUAGGGAAAGCAAAGAGGGAAGUAACCAGUCCCUCUUAGCAGUCCUCUAGUAAAUUGAAAAGGCUACACAAGCACGCGCAUUCUCACAUAUUGAUUGAAUUAAAAAGUGUGCAAUUCGGGUUGUACCUUUCUUUUAUUAGCAUUUACUCCAUCAACAGUUAGAAAUUAACCUUUUUUUGUCGUUUACUGUUUCUUCAUCCAUAUCCAGCAUUGGCUUUGAGAUUCUCAUCUCUAUUUACUUAUUUCAUUUGAUAUCAACUCAACUGAAUACCAUUAUUCACCACUUUCGUAGAGUACACAUCCAAACAUUACUUCUAGCCUUUAUUUACUUGCUCCAAUCGUAGCCAAUUAUAGCCAAUCAUUACAAUUUUAGUUCAGGGGAAAAAAAUAUCCGAGUUCCUAACCCCAACAAAUACUGCAUUGGUUUAACCAGGUCGAAGUUGGCCGGAUGGAAGGGUGGGUAGAUUUAGAGGGUGUUAAAUAAAACAAAUUCUGGCUCGUUUUCGUCAGAGUCACUUGUGAUAUCAGCUAAGGGCUGCGGAUGCCAAAUAAUCCCCUGGAUUUUUUUGGUGACUAUGACCAAUUUAAUUCCAACUUGGAUUUGUUAGUUGUGCAAAACACGGGUUCUAUCCUAGUGCGAGUUGCUCUUUGCAGCAAAGGGAUGGGUGUGCUAAGAAGUCACACAAAAUUUGGUGAAAAAAUGAUGUAAUGUAUAUUUGUGAGCUUCACUGGUGUUCUCAAACGUGUAUCUAAAAAUAAGAUCACAGGGCACCUCCAGUGGAACGCAGAGGCGCCAAAGCCAUGGAUAAGAACCCCUCACGAUAGGACAUCUAGAUGACACUUGGAAGACAAUGCCUGAGUUUACCAUCCUUGUAAGUUCGCAUCAAAUAUCCAUCAAUCAAUUGUACUUCAAGAGAGCAAUUCUCACAUCACUCUAACAAUUUUUCAUACCUUGUGACGGAAACGAUGGUAUCCCUCUGAAUACUAGUUGUUGAUGCCAUAUCAGCAUUGUCCCUUGGCAAUUUUGGUUGUUUAUAGGGAUUUGGGUUUCUUUACUUGGGGAUUAUAUUCCUUCAAGGUUUUAAAUUUACAUCUUCUGAUAAGAAAUCUUGUGGCCUGUUUCUUUUUUUCUUUUGGAAUCUAAUUGCAUGAUGUGCUAACAUGGAUUUUCUCUUUUUUUGCCAUUGACGUGAGCGAUUCCUAUGCGAAAUUAGCUGCUCAUGACUGUGCUUUCAGAGUUUACAGCGGUAUCAUUAAGCUCAGAUAUUCCUUUACCCACUUGAGGAUGAUUGAUAUCACCAAAUUGGGCAUAGUACCUUAUGGCUAAUCUCACUUCAUGUUUGAACCUUUUGAUUUUGUUGAAAUAUUUGAACAAGGAAGCUUUAUGAUGUUGCAGCUUGGUUUUGGAGAUUCUCAUGUCGUAAAAUCGCACUGUUCUGUAGAUACACGUGGGUGUUUGCUUAUGUCCAUGAGGACAUUGUCAGUUGGUCUCCAUUUUUGUUGUCCUUCAUUAUACAAUAUAUUCUAACUAGUUCGUUUCUGUUAUUGAUCCAGGCACACUAAAGUUGAAGGACCUUGUUAAUUCAGUCUCUGCAAAGCUGUUGGAGCGCCUGUUUAAGGGUGCAGACCUUUAUGCACAGAAAGGACAGUCUGUUUGUGCAUGCAGGAUCUUAGAAAUUCUCGAAGAUGAUGACAAGAUUCGUUAUAAAGUAGGUUGGUUUGGGAAGGAUAAGGAGAUCACGAGCAUUUCAGUCGUUGAUUCUGAGGAUCUCGUGCGCAAGAAACUACCAUUCAGUCGGAGCACUCUGAAAUCAUUUAUAAGGGAAGCUACCUCAAGAAGUGGUCCUUGGGUGAUUCACGAGAAUAUGGCAAAGAAACAUGGUAUUUCCUCUGAUCCUCCUGAAGAGUUGAGAAAUAAGCUCUCAGUUCAGAAGGGUCAACACCGUAUGCACGGUGGCCAGAAAAAUAGUGGCAAGAAAAGAAGAAAAUCAGAGUAUGUGUCAGGGGAAAGAUCGACUCUGAUGCAGAAAAGGGCGAAGAGAGGUAUUUUGAUGAAGUUGAGGUUUGAUUUCCUUUUGACACGUACAUUUUUUGCUGCUCCGUUGGGUUAAAUAUGAAAUAAUAAUAUGCCGUAAUUCGGAUGCUGCUUUGGAUCAUAGGCCUAUAAAGAAGAUAACCUAUUCGUACUGGUUUAAGUUAAUAUGAAACUUUCUUAGUUUCUAUCGCACAGAUUUCUUAUCCCUGUGGCUAUCAUUUGCCACUAUUUGUGCAACUUUUUGUGUUGUGCUGUCCAAAGUUAUACGAGGUAGAGUCGAGGGAUGGUUUCUGAUUGGGCUUUUUAUGUAUAUGUCCUUUGUUUUCCAGGAGAACAGCAAAGGGAAGAACUCAUCAGAUACCCAGUCGAUGAUCUUUUGGUUAAGCCAGGGACAGAUGAUCCAGUUUUUACUGAACGUCCCACUCCGUGCAGGGAAUUCUGUGUGCCAAUGGACUGUGUGGGAGACCUUUUGAUGGUCUGGGACUUCUGCUCCUCAUUUUGUAGGUUGCUGCGCUUGUGGCCAUUCUCCCUUGAAGAUUUUGAAAAGGCAAUAUGCCACAAAGAUAGUGACUUGGUUUUAGUUGUAGAGUCUCACACUGCAAUACUCCGGUUAAUUAUCCAGAAUGAAGGAGACUUUUUCGAGGCCGUGCAACAGAAAAGACGAAAAUCGAAGGUGAGAAGUUGAAUUCAUCCAUGUGGAUGAGAGUAAGAAUGAAUAUUCUCUAUGCUAUUUUUACGUCUUGUUGUUCUUAAUUUUCAUUUUUCCCAUGUCAAAUUUCAGAUAACGCAGACAAACUGGAUCGAGUUUUUAUGUGACUUCCUGGAAAUGGUGGACAUUCCAGCGCUAUCUGGGCAUGUGGCUACGAUAAAAAGGGGCCACUAUGGUCUUCUGGAUCCCCAGGUGAAGCUGGUCAUCUUUCGAGAACUGGUUGCAGAGUCUCUGAUAACUGAUGCUGUGAGAGAGCAGCUAGAUGAGUACAUCGAACAGCAACGAGAGCUUGGGAUUACAAAGAGGGAGGAGCUGAGGAGGAAGAGGGAGGAGCAACAGCCCAAAGCAGAAGAAUCUGAGGCAGCAGUGAGGUUAGAAUCUGUUGUACAGAAUGGGAAGGGAAAAUUGUCCCUUUCAGAGGUUCAGAGAAAACUUAAUCAGAAUGGCUUACCAGCCAACGGAUUCCACAUCUUGGAAAAUGGGUAUAGAAUCCCGGAGCUGGAUCAUCCUUCUUCGUCUCUGCUUAAGUUUGACCAGAAGCCUUACAUUUUGUCAACCUUACCAUCUGAGUUUUCUGCAGAUCCAGGGAACGUAAGGUGAGCAACUCAACGAAAUUCAUUAAAGGGGCUCAAUCUGAUGGCCGAGGCAUUGAGGACGGCAAGAAACAGAGACGAAGCAAGAAGGAUAAAGAGAGGGAACCAGAAGAGAAGAGCGUGGGAGAGCAGCUGGUACAUGUGAACCGUCUCCCUCUACUCUUCACCCCUCAGCAAUUCCUCUCCGCCACAUACACACUGAAUGAAUUGAGUAUAUUGCAUUGGCUAACACUGCAGAUUGGGCACAUCGAUAGUGAGAUGGAGAAACGGUUUAUACGUUCGAAUGCUUUGGGGAAAGAUCGAAACCACAACAGAUACUGGUUCUUCCGGCGUGAUGGGAGACUUUUUGUCGAGAGUGCUGACUUUAAGCAGUGGGGCUACUACGCUUCCAAGCAAGAGGUGAUCAAGCGGACUUUUUGCCCAGAAAACCGUCAAACUCGCUCUUGAUUCAGCUCGUAGCAGCUUCUUACUCUUUCUAUCACCUUCCCAGCUUGAUGCGCUCAUGGGAUCGCUCAAUCCAAAAGGGGAGAGAGAGAGGGCGCUCAAAAGGCAGCUGGAGAAAUAUUACACCAGAAUAAGGUAUCCAUCUACUAGUUGCUUCAGUUUUCCUUUAAUAGACUAUUUCACCAUCUCCUCUCCGUCUGAGUUCGAUUCUUUCUCCGUAUGUAUCCUGUGAAAACUCCGUUUCUCUCAGUUCUGCGCUGCAGAAGAGAUCAAAGGACAUCGCCCAGAGGAUCCUCCUGGAGGAGUCGGUGCUUCGGCGGUCCACUCGAGUUCGUGCGCAGCCGAGGGACAGCCCCGGCAUGGCUUUCCUCAGGUACAUCAACAAGUGGAAAGAAGACUGA